UGGAUAUCCGGGGAAACUAAACCGAAGGCACUAUUUCCUGGCUGUAAAUGGCUGGCACGGUAUGCAUGGUGCAAACAAAUCUAUUAUGUUGUCUUUAGAAUCCAAUUGAUCACAGAAGAAAAUGGGAUAGGGCACAUUUCGAAAAAUUAGCGAGCGACAGGCUUAGCAAUGAGUUAGAGGCUAUGCGAAAUGCUCGCAAGGAGAAAGAAACAAUCAAAAAGGAAUACUUAAGAGCUCGUGACUACACAAUUGACUUAGAAUCUAACAUUAAUAAAUCCCAAGUGAUUGCAAAGACGGGUCCAGGCUCUUCACAGGCAGGUUACUACUGUGAAGUUUGCGACUGUGUUGUAAAAGAUUCCAUCAAUUAUUUGGACCAUAUUAACGGUAAAAAGCAUCAGAGAAAUAUGGGAAUGUCUAUGAGAAUUAAGAGGUCAACGUUAGAAGAAGUUAAAGAAAGAUUUCAGUUGCACAAACAAAAAUCUGAAGAGAAAGCAGAAGAAUAUAGUUUAGAUGAGAGGAUGCGACAAAUCGCCGAGGAAGAAGAAAAAAUGAAAGCUUAUAAACAAGAAAAACGAAAGGAGAAAAGACGUAAGAAUGAAGAACUAUUCGAAGAUACUGAGGUCGCAGCUGCGAUGGGGUUUGGGGGUUUUGGUAAAAGGGCUAAGUAGUUCAUUACUAUUGUACAAACGUGUAAAUAUCUAAUUAUUUUUUAUCUGCCCAGUUUCGUUUUUUCAUGUACAAUGGAUUCGAUACUCUAUAAUGAAUAUUUGGUUUGCCUA